CGCUGAAAGUAAUUAGGAGAGUUUUGGCAACGGUGAAACAGCUACAGACAUCUGAGACUUGAGUUCAGUAGACACACACCUGUUGAGCUGCAGGAACGACUUCUGCUUUCUGAAUUUCAUCGAGGCAAUCGGUUGAGAGUUCAGAAAUGACGGACACUCUUAUCCCCAAUAAAUGCAAGACAAGCGGACCGGUGGAGAAUGGCUACUUUAAAAAGGGAUGUAAUCCAUUUGCUCAGACAGGCCGGAGUAAGCUGCAGAAUAAAAGAGCACUUCUCAACCAGCAAAUCAUCAAGCAGAUGAGGAUGAGAGCUGGAGCAGAGAACCUUCUCAAGGCGACGUCCAAUAAUAAGGUUCGGGAGCAGGUGGUGCUGGAGUUGAGUUAUGUCAACUCGGAUCUGCAGCUUCUUAUGGAGCAACUGGAAGGACUCAACAGCUCUGUGGACGUUUAUCAGAAUGUACAAGAGACGUCCAGCAUUCCACUCAUCCCUCUGGGACUGAAGGAGACAAAGGAUGUGGAUUUCUCAGUUGCUCUCAAGGACAUCAUCCUGGACCACUACAGUGAAGACGGCUCAAACUUUCAGGUUGAGAUCGAUGACCUGAUGGACCUGAGACAGGCCUGUCGGACCCCCAGUCGUAAUCCUUCUGGUGUAGAUUUGCUUGCAAACUACUUCAGUCAACUGUCCUUUUUAGAACCUCGAUUCUUCUCCCCUACACGCCAGAUUGCCAUUUUCUUCACUUGGUAUGACUCUUUUACUGGUGUGCCUGUGUGCCAGCAGAACAUCUCUCUGGAGAAAGCCAGCAUACUCUUCAACAUGGCAGCUCUAUACUCCCAGAUUGGAACCCGUGCCGAUAGACAGACACAAGCUGGACUCGAGGACGCCAUUGCUGCCUUCCAGAAAUCUGCAGGUGUGCUGCACUACCUGAAGGAGACAUUUACACACACCCCCAGUUAUGAUAUGAGCCCUGCUAUGCUGAGCAUGUUGAUCCGGCUGAUGCUAGCACAGGCGCAGGAGUGUAUGUUUGAGCUAAUUACUCUUCCAGGAAUCCGAAAUGAGUUCUUCAGCCUGCUCAAAAUAGCACAAGAGGCUGCCAAGGUGGGGGAGACCUACAGUGAAGUUCACCAGUCCAUGAUCCAGACCCCUAUUAAGAACAACGUGCCCUUUUUCUGGACCACCAUGUCCGAGCUGAAGACCAGUCACUACAACUCUCUCGCCCAUUACUUUGUCUCCACAGCUCUGCUGGACCACCAUUUGACGCCCAGUGAUGAUGAGGACAAGCAAGAGAAGGCUCUGUCACAACUGUAUGAUACCAUGCCAGAGAGCCGUUCUCCUUUUGACAUCCUGAAGGAUAAGGAGGAGAGACGGCGGAUAGGUAAAGCUCAUCUGCAGCGCUCCAUCAUGGGACACGAAGAGGCCAUCCGUAUACAUUCUCGCUGUCGACACCUGCAAAAACUGGACAUCCUGAGUGACAUCCUACAAGCUGGCCUCAAGCGCUCUAUUACCAAGUUUGAACAAAACGACAAGGAAGAUGAGUUCACAGACUACAUGCUUGCACCAGAUAUCAUCUCUAAAACAGAAAAGAAAGCUGAGAUGGAGAUUCCAGCUGCCACCAAGGUGAAAGUCAAAGACCUAUUCCAGCGGCUGGGGCCUUUGUCAGUGUUUUCAGCAAAGCAGAGAUGGUCAGCCCCGCGAACCAUCAGACUGAGACUACAGGACAGAGACCUCGGAUUCACUCUGAAGGGAGAUGCACCCGUUCAGAUACAGUCACUGGAUCCACUUUGUCCCGCAGCGGCUGAGGGGUUGAAAGAAGGAGAUUACCUCGUUGCUGUGGGCGACACCGAGUGUAAAUGGAUGGGAGUGAGUGAUGUUAUGAAGCUUUUAAAGGAUGUGGAUGAGGAGGGCGUCAGCAUCAGAGUGGUCAGCAUGUUGGAUAGCAGCAGCCAACCAAUGCCCACCAAGAGUGCUACAUACGGCGGUCUGCCGAAGACCUACUCUAUGAUCUGCCUGGCACAUGUAGAGGAUGAUAAGAAGUCUCGCAAGGUAGCAAAAAAGCCAUCAUUUCUCAGCUGGGGUCUCAAGAACAAGCAGAAGAGCGUUAGUAUGCUGAGUCUCCCCAAUGCAGAUUACAGUGGACCCUGGAACAGACCCUGCCCAACCUACCCUAGGUCCUAUAAUGAAAGUGCCCUCUACUAAACACACAAAAUUGGAUUUAUACAUACGCUGUUGGUGUAACAACACUAUAUUACAAGAAACAAGAGAGGGAUUUUUAGAAAGAUCGAAAUUACAGAUGCAAAUGUACAUUUUGCACAGAUCUACAGUAUAAACACAGGUUUAAGCUAUACUUUUAUUCUUUCAUUAGUUUGUGAAAAUUCUGUGUCUUAACGAAUCGGUAGAUAAAAACACAAUGUGUAUGCUGCUCAGAGUAUUUUUUAUUAUUGUUUGUUUUAUUGCUCUUGUAUUGAAUGGGUAAAUGAUGUGAUGAAGGAAUUAUUAAUUUUUUUUUUUUUUUUUUUUUUGAGAAUUCCACUAAUUAGUGGCACAGACAGGCAUCCUCCUCAAAUAAAAAUGAGGGUUGGUUGAUUGGCAGUUAACCUGUGGCCUUUUUUGUGCAGGUUUCUGUGAUGAUCUUAUAUCAUGGAAAUGGAAUCCUAACUCUGUCAAUCACUGUAGAAGAACAAAAUGGCGAAGAGGGCAGCGAGUAGCUUUUGUCAGAGAAUGUCCAUACAAACAGCAAUAUUAUUUUGCAUACACUGAAGGGAAAUACCAUGAUAGAUGGGGCUGUGUAUAACCAAAUUCAAUUGUGUAUUGCCAAAUUCAAACCAGAAGGAUAAAAAUAUAGCAGUGAAUACAAAUGCAAUUCUUAUUUAACCUUUGUUCCAUGUGUUUUACCUUGCACUUCUUCAGUGUUGGAAUAUUUCAUUGUCUACAAAGUAGAUUUUUAUACACAUUUGAUAAUCAAAUAAAUUAGAUGCUAAAUAAAGAGAAAAAAUAUCUAUAUAAACUUAUGUAUUCAUUUUAAGUAUUAGACGUAUUCAGGUUUUGUAUUGUGAAACUGUAGCCUGAUGUAUAUAAUCACGGGUUGUUUUUUUUGCCUAUGUCUAUCUUUCUGUUGCUUGGUGUAUGCUCUUCUCUUUCUGUAUAGCUCAUAAAGUGCAGAUGGCAAGGUGUUUUUUUUAUUAUAUCUUUGACAAUAUUUAACUUGUCAUUUCUUGUAGAAAACCCUGCCUCUGAGAAUCCUAGAAAGUCAGAAGCCUUUCAAAAUGCCUUAGCACAGUCUACAUUGACACAAUGUUAUUUAACUCCACUCCUUGCUUGUAAAUACUUAAUUAUUGUCAAUGAGUGACUUCACCAUUUAUGUUUCUGCAAGUGCCACAUUUGGAAUUAUAAUGACAAACACUCUUCUGAGAGAAUGUUGAUAUUGUAAGGUUACAUAUUAAUGAUGCUGUUAAAAACUUGAUGUUCACGGUUCUUUUCUUUAGGGUCAGGACAGAAUCUGCAACAGUACUCUAAAUUCUAACUUGGUUACAAACAUAAUAAUAAAGCAGAUUUAUUGAUUAUUUGCUCGUGUCUACAGUUUAUGUGAAUUACCAGUGAUAAUUCUGAGGAAAUGUCUGGACUGUGAUGAAAUGUUUAUUGUUGGCUACUUUUGUUAUGUAUGUAAAUCUUGAUCUAAAUAAAAUGAGGGGUCAAAGCA